GCGCAUGCGCGGCAUGCGCUCCUUCGCCUCACCCGCCACAUCUUUCUCCUCAUCCUUCUCCUGAUCUUUUUCCUUCUUUUCCUCUUUUCCCCGUCCCUGCUCCUCCGCCGCUGCGGCCAUGGGGAAGCUGAACGUGGUGAUGCUGCGGUACCUGUCCCGGGAGCACUUCAGGGUGCUGACCGCGGUGGAAAUGGGCAUGAAGAACCAUGAAAUAGUUCCUGCUAGCUUAAUUGCUUCCAUUGCCAGCCUUAAACAUGGGGGCUGUAAUAAAAUUUUGAGAGAGUUGGCGAAGCACAAACUUCUGGCUUACGAACGAACUAAAACUGUCCAGGGUUAUCGGUUAACUAAUGCAGGAUAUGACUACCUGGCUCUGAAAACGCUCUCUUCCCGACAAGUCAUCAAUUCUGUGGGGAACCAGAUGGGUGUUGGCAAAGAAUCAGAUAUUUAUAUUGUUGCCAAUGAAGAGGAGCAACAGUUUGCACUGAAGUUACACCGGCUGGGGAGAACCUCCUUCCGAAACCUGAAAAACAAACGUGACUACCACAAGCACAGGCAUAAAAUGUCCUGGCUGUACUUGUCCCGGAUAGCAGCAAUGAAGGAGUUUGCCUACAUGAAGGCUUUGCAUGACAGAGAAUUUUCUGUUCCAAAGCCCAUAGACUACAACAGGCAUGCAGUUGUUAUGGAACUUGUUGAUGGAUAUCCUUUGUGCCAGGUGCGCCAAGUGGAAGAUCCUGCUGCCGUCUACAGUGAAUUAAUGGACCUGAUUGUAAAACUUGCCAAUCAUGGUCUGAUCCAUGGGGAUUUCAAUGAGUUUAAUCUCAUCUUGGAUAAUAAUGACCAUGUCACUUUGAUUGAUUUCCCUCAGAUGAUGUCAACAUCACAUGAAAAUGCUGAAUGGUAUUUUAACAGAGAUGUUAACUGUAUUAGGGAGUUCUUCAAGAAACGCUUCAACUAUGAGAGUGAGCUCUUCCCAACCUUCAAAGACAUCAGGAGAGAGUGUUCUCUUGAUAAAGAGAUUGCUGCCAGUGGCUAUGCAAAGGAGAUGCAGGAAGAUGGUGAACUGCUUUACCCCCCAGGUUCUGAUGAGGAUGACAAUACAGAAGUGUUAGAACUUGCAGAGGAUGCUGAGAAAGAGCUCAGUUUCUUCAGCAAAAAUGAACAGAAUAGUGAAGACUUCACAUGUGAAGUGGGUGAUUUCUCUGAAAGCAGAGCAUCUGACAACGCUGCAAGCAGCAGUGAGGAAGAGGCUGAUACAGCUGAAAGCAGUGAAAAUACACAAAGACUAAAUAUGGCAGAGUUGAGUUCAGCCUUGGAAGAAGCUGAAGGGCCAGCUGUGCCUUGGAAGCCCAGUGAAGAUGCAGAGAGUUCUGCAAUUACUUCUUUUAAGGGCAAAAGACUAACUGAAAAUGCUGCUGAACUGGAAGGUCAGGCAGGUCAAGGAGGGUGCUGUGAGGGUAAGGAGAACGAAGACGAGUGCCCUGAGCUGGUCAACUCAUCAGCUUUAAAUGAGGAAUUCAGUCAUUACAGUAAUGAAGAGUGUAUUGUUCCUGUUGCUGAGCACAGAACAAGGACUAAGAGCAUCACAUCAGUCAGAAGUGUUGGAAGCUGUUCAACCAUUCCACCGGAGCUGGUGAAACAGAAGAUAAAGCGUCAGCUGACGAAACAGCAAAAGUCUGCUCUGAAGCAACGGCUGCAAAAAGGGGAGGCAAAUAUUUACACCAAACAACGUCGAGAAAAUAUGCACAACAUUAAGUCAAGCUUGGAUGCAGCCAGUUUCUGGGGAUAAUUUAUUAAGGCUGCUAUGGAACAUGAGGAAUGUAUACAGCUAAAAGGAUCAUGCUAAUUUACCAAUAAUCCUUUUAUGUAAAGGAGCAAUCUCUGCUGUGCAAACCAGAUGUUUUUGUGGGAGUUAAUAAAUCUCAUUCCCGUGACUUUGA